AUGAAUGAGCUUCGGGAAUGCGUACAAACGAAUGAGCUAUCAGAUAUGCCGAGUAGGGGAGCAUUCUUCACUUGGUUUAAUGGGAGACAAGAGGAUCCAAUCUUGAGGAAGCUGGAUAUGGUACUUGUAAAUGAGACCUGGCGAACUCAUUAUCCGGAGGCUAUUACGGUUAUUGAGGCACCAGGAGACUCUGAUCAUUCUCCAUGCAUAGUCUACUCCACGACAAGGGUAGAACAAUCAAAGAAGCCCUUUAAGUACUUUUCCUUCCUGUCUACUCACCCUCGGUUCAGGGAGAGGAUUCGAGAUGCUUGGCAGAGGCCUUGUUCUGUAGGAACCAAGCUGUUCACCAUGGGCCAGAAAUUCAAGAUGGUUAAGGAAGCUUGCAUGCAGUUGAACAGAGAAGGGUAUGGUAAUAUCCAGCAAAGGGCUAAGGAGGCUCUAGAAAAAUUAGAGGAAGUGCAAGCUGCCUUAUUGACCACUCCCUCUGAUUCCCUGUUUAGGCAAGAGUUUCUAGCCCGGAAAGCCUGGCACUUCUUUGAAAAAACUCAGGAAUCCUUCUACAAGCAGAAGUCUAGGAUUCGAUGGUACAAAGAUAGGGAUGCGAACACUGCUUUCUUCCAUAGGUAUGUCCUUGAAAAUCAAGGAAGGAAUGGGAUCAAGCAUUUGAGAGGAAUGGAUGAUGAUUUGGUUCACAAUAUGGCUCAAGUGAAGGAUAUGUUGUGUGGUUCUGAGUUGGCUUCCCAGCUGCUUCAAAUCCCUACUAUUGAAGAGAUACAGAGAACAAUCGUAACCAUGCCAAAGAACAAAGCUCCAAGACCAGACGGUUUUCCUGUCGAAUUCAUUUGGGAAGCAUGGGGUGAAGUAGGCAGUGUAGUAGUUGAGGUUUUCCAAGAUUUCUUCCGCUCGUGUACUUUGCCAAAAAGCCUCAAUGCUACUAUUAAUAAUCUUAUACCAAAAGUGUCGGGAGCUGACCGAAUUACUCAGUUUCGUCCUGUCUCGUGCUGCAACACAGUGUAUAAGAUAAUUUCUCUACUCUUGAAACAGAAAAUGAAGCUGUUCGUAUCAGACGCGGUACAAAGUAAUCGGGUGGGGUUUAUACAAGGGAGAUACCUGUGUGAGAAUGUCCUACUAGCUUAUGAGCUAGUUACAGACUUCCAUGUCCGAGGGGAUACUACGAGAGGUUGCCUCCAAGUUGAUAUAGCCAAAGCUUAUGACAACGUAGAUUGGCAGUUCAUGUUAAAUGUCCUCCAUGCUCUAGACUUGCCACAAAAAUUCAUUGAAUGGUUGAAAGUUUGUUUUACAACUCCAAGCUUCAGAACUAGUGGGAUAUAUCCCGGGAAAGAAACCUCUGGAAGAUUUACGGCGUGGAACUGGGUUCUCUGUGGGUUUCUUGGAUAA